AUGACAUUCCCGAGACUUUUUGCCCUCGUGCGAGACGUUCUUGGUGCUUGGCGAGAUUGGAUUCGCGGACGAACAGCGCCUGACGUCGGGAAAAGAAUCCGCCAGUGCAGUAUCAUUGUGGACUUUUCGUUCCACGGGAAGAGUACGCGUGAUGGCCUUCAAGACCGCCUCGCACUCCGGGCCAAGGCCAAUCGUCGCCUCGCAGUGGCCUUGGGGAUUGACAACUCCCUGACGACGGCGGACCUCGGCGUACACAGGGCAUAUAUGAAGACGGCCACAGCGUACGUCCGCACGAUGAACCGGCCGCAGACAUGGCCGCAGUCGGUUUCCAGCGCCACGGCUGUGCUGGCAACGGAGACGGAGAAUGAGGCAUCCUCCGUGUUGCUGGCGCCUCUUGUGCGCCGUUUCUGUCUGACGAUGGUUAUGAAAACACUCCUCGGGCCGGCAUGCGGGCAGAUGGACACAAACGACGUGGCCACCGUCUGCAACGAAAUCAACAAACAUCACCGGAAUGGACACAUAGAGCUGUUCAGGGACAAGAAGACUUGUCUAACCAUAUAUGUUGUUAUUCUAUCGUGGUCGUACCUCUAA